CAUAUGUGAGGGGUGAUGAGCAGAGUACAGAGGACAUUCCUACAGAUAACCGUACAGAUGACUGUACCAGGAACUCAGAGAAACAUCUGGUAUUUGCAGAUUUUGAAGUAGAUGAUUGUGGUAUCACACGAGAUACAUUUGAAGAGCAUGCCAAUAUGCAAGAUAUACCCUCAUCCAAUCACAGCAACAAUGCAUCAUUUGAUUCUUUUAAACAGGUCCGAUCUUCUGAUUCAUCACAGACUGUAACACAGAAUAAAAGUCACAGAAGAAGUGCUAAACAUCAAACGGCUCACGUGAAAGAGAAGCCAUUUUCAUGUUCAGAAUGUGGGAAAUGUUUUAAAUGUAAAUCAAGUCUUGAUAGACAUCAGACAGUUCACACAGGGGAGAAGCCAUUUUCAUGUUCAGAAUGUGUGAAAUGUUUUAAAUGUAAAUCAAGUCUUGAUAGACAUCAGACAGUUCACACAGGGGAGAAGCCAUUUUCAUGUUCAGAAUGUGGGAAAUGUUUUAAAUGUAAAUCAGGUCUUGAUAGACAUCAGACAGUUCACACAGGGGAGAAGCCAUUUUCAUGUUCAGAAUGUGGGAAAUGUUUUAACCAGAAAUCAGCUCUAGUUGUGCAUCAAAGAAUUCACAUAGGGGAGAAGCCAUUUUCAUGUUCAGAAUGUGGGAAAUGCUUUAAAUGUAAAUCAUAUCUUCUUAUACAUCAGACAAAACACACAGGGGAGAAGCCAUUUUCAUGUUCAAAAUGUGGGAAAUGUUUUAGCCGUAAAUCAUAUCUUGUUAUACAUCAGAGAAAUCACACAGGGGAGAAGCUAUUUUCAUGUUCAGAAUGUGGAAAAUGGUUUAACCAGAAAUCAGAUCUUGUUCUUCAUCAGAGAAUCCACACAGGGGAGAAGCCAUUUUCAUGUUCAGAAUGUGGGAAAUGUUUUAGCCGUAAAUCAUAUCUUGUUAUACAUCAGAGAAAACACACAGGGGAGAAGCCAUUUUCAUGUUCAGAAUGUGGGAAAUGUUUUAAGCAGAAAUCAGCUCUUAUUGUACAUCAGAGAAUUCACAUAGGGGAGAAGCCAUUUUCAUGUUCAGAAUGUGGGAAAUGUUUUAAAUGUAAAUCAAAUCUUGUUAUACAUCAGAGAAAACACACAGGGGAGAAGCCAUUUUCAUGUUCAGAAUGUGGGAAAUGUUUUACCCAGAAAUCCUAUCUUGUUAUACAUCAGAGAAAACACACAGGGGAGAAGCCAUUUUCAUGUUCAGAAUGUGGGAAAUGUUUUAACCAGAAAUCAGCUCUAGUUGUACAUCAGAGAAUUCACAUAGGGGAUAAGCCAUUUUCAUGUUCAGAAUGUGGGAAAUGUUUUAACUGUAAAUCAAAUCUUGUUAUACAUCAGAGAAAACACACAGGGGAGAAGCCAUUUUUAUGUUCAAAAUGUGGGAAAUGUUUUAACCAGAAAUCAGCUCUUGUUGUACAUCAGAGAAAUCACACAGGGGAGAAGCCAUUUUCAUGUUCAGAAUGUGGGGAAUGUUUUAACCAGAAAUCCUAUCUUCAUGUACAUGAGCGAAUUCACACAGGGGAGAAGCCAUUUUCAUGUUCAGAAUGUGGGAAAUGUUUUCACCAACAAUCACAUCUUGUUAUACAUCAAAGAAAUCACACAGGGGAGAAGCCAUUUUCAUGUUCAGAAUGUGGGAAAUGUUUUAAGCAGAAAUCAGCUCUUGUUAUACAUCAGAGAGUUCACACAGGGGAGAAGCCAUUUCCAUGUUCAGAAUGUGGGAAAUGUUUUAAGACUAAAUCAGCUCUUGUUAUACAUCAGAGAAAUCACACAGGGGAGAAGCCAUUUUCAUGUUCAGAAUACUGUGGGAAAUGUUUUAAGCAGAAAUCAGCUCUUGUUAUACAUCAGAGAGUUCACACAGGGGAGAAGCCAUUUUCAUGUUUAGAAUGUGGAAAAUGUUUUAAGCAGAAAUGGGCUUUUAUUGUACAUCAGAGAGUUCACACAGGGGAGAAGCCAUUUUCAUGUUCAGAAUGUGGGAAAUGUUUUAAGCAGAAAUGGGCUUCUAUUGUACAUCAGAGAAAUCACACAGGGGAGAAGCCAUUUUUAUGUUCAGAAUGUGGGAAAUGUUUUAAGCAGAAAUCACAUCUUUUUGAACAUCAGAGAAAUCACACAGGAGAGAAGCCAUUUUCAUGUUCAGAAUGUGGGAAAUGUUUUAAGAUGAAAUCAGAACUUGUUAUACAUCAGAGAAAUCACACAGGGGAGAAGCCAUUUUCAUGUUCAGAAUGUGAGAAAUGUUUUACCAAUACAUCAUCUCUAUUUAAACAUCAGAGAACUCACGCAGGGGAGAAGCCAUUUUCAUGUUCAGAAUGUGGGAAAUGUUUUAAGCAGAAAUCAUAUCUUGUUGAACAUCAGAGAAAUCACACAGGAGAGAAGCCAUUUUCAUGUUCAGAAUGUGGGAAAUGUUUUAAGAUGAAAUCAGAACUUGUUAUACAUCAGAGAAAUCACACAGGGGAGAAGCCAUUUUCAUGUUCAGAAUGUGGGAAAUGUUUCAACCAUAAAUCAUCUCUUGUUAAACAUCAAAAAACCCACAUAUAAGAGAAACCAUCUACAUGCUUAGCCUGUUAGUGACCUCCUGUGGCAGGUGCAGCACUAUGAAGUGCCUUUUGCGCUGUGGCAUUAGAAGAAUUUUGAUAUCUCUGACUUUUAGUCUAACCACACUGCCUAUCACUCCGUAAUU